AUGGCUUCCAAGCUAUCCUGGCCUCUAUCAUCACGGUGGACUAUCCAAUGCCCGAAAUGUCACGGUGAAAUCCUGCGGAAACGAACAUUCAUCUCUACCGGCUCUUCUCGAGCCAUUGCUGCACCCCCAGUAAACCUCACACAAAACUCCCCAUCCAAUCCUCAAAACGCCCGCGUCGUCCCCGCAUCGCCGUCCUACUUCACGGGCAGACCUGAUUCCACGGACAACUACCUCAAUCUCCUAGCCCUCUUGCGCCGUUACCAAACCCUUCCAACCGUUGCCCCAGCACAGGCUCCAAGGGUAGCAUGGCGGACUGUCACACAAUACCGCCUCCUGGUCGGCGAACCUAUACGAGCAUCCAAGUAUCAUAAGGUUGUUGAGGUUCUGCAGCGGCUGAACAGGAUACACCCCGCCGUCAUGCCCGCACCUUUGAAAGAAGCCAUGGAAAUUUACAAACGUGACAUCGAUCCAUACGCUGUCACCAAGAGGCCCAACAUUAUCGAUGCUGACGGACGUGCCUACGGAGUCGGACGACGAAAAUCAAGCUCCGCGAAAGUGUAUCUCGUACAGGGGGAAGGGGAGGUGCUGGUGAAUGGCAAAAGCAUUAAUAGCGCAUUCGGGAGGAUACACGACAGGGAGAGCGCAUUGUGGGCGCUAAAAGCUACUGGUAGAAUGGACAAGUACAACGUCUGGGCGCUAGUCAGUGGAGGGGGGAGUACAGGGCAGGCCGAGGCAAUUACCUUGGGGGCAGCGAAGGCGCUGAUGGUUUUCGAGCCCGCCUUGAAGCCGGCGCUGAGAAGGGCUGGCUGCGUCACUCGAGAUCCCCGGCGUGUUGAAAGGAAGAAACCUGGUCACGUGAAAGCAAGAAAAAUGCCGGCUUGGGUGAAGAGAUAG